GAAAACUCUCAGCAGCCCUAGCAAUGGGGAACCAAUCUUCCGUGCCGGAUGAUGGUGAGAAGAAGCACUGUUUCAUCAGCCAUGAGCCACUGAGUUUGGACGAGCUCGUCAAGCAGGUGUCUGACCCCAGCUGUGGAGCCAUUACGACCUUCUCAGGCACAACUCGAGACAACUUCGAGGGCAAAAAGGUGGUUCACUUGGAAUACGAGGCCUAUGAGCCGAUGGCGUUGAAGGAGAUGGACCGCAUCUUGCAAGACGUGCUGGAUGGCAAGUGCGGAGCCGGCAUCAGGCGUGUGGCCUGUGCGCAUCGUUUGGGCGUGGUUCCCUUGGCCGAAGCCUCCGUCUUGAUCGCAGUGGCCUCUGAGCACCGCCCGGAGGGCUUUGAUGCUUGUCGCUACAUCAUCGACACCUUGAAGGCGAGAGUCCCAAUUUGGAAGAAGGAGAUCUAUGCGGAUGGAGAAACCUGGAAGGCCAACAAAGAGUGGGAUCCUACACAUACUUGAUCGAUUCAGCAGUCAAAA